UUCAUCAGAAAAUAGCUUCACCUUUCUGUGUCUGAUCCCCCCACCAUUUGUUGGAUAAUUCUCUUUUUUCCAAACAUCUCAAUAUGGCUCAGAAAAGCAAGAUUUUGUUCAUCGGAGGCACCGGCUACAUCGGAAAAUUCAUCGUGGAAGCAAGCUUAAAGGCUGGCCAUCCCACCUUUGUUCUGGUCAGAGAGAGUACGGUCUCUGAUCCCGUUAAGGGAAAACUAGUUGAGAAAUUCAAGAGCUCAGGCGCCACUUUGGUCCAUGGAGAUCUGUAUGACCAUGGAAGUUUGGUAAAGGCGAUUAAGCAUGUGGACGUGGUGAUAUCGACGGUUGGCCACCUGCAGUUGGCAGAUCAGGUCAAGAUUAUUGCCGCCAUUAAAGAGGCUGGAAACGUUAAGAGAUUCUUCCCUUCGGAAUUCGGAAACGACGUGGACCGUGUGCAUGCUGUUGAGCCAGCAAAGACUGCAUUUGCCACCAAGGUUGAAAUCCGCCGCAAGAUUGAGGCCGAAGGCAUCCCCUACACUUACGUCUCAUCCAACUACUUCGCUGGAUAUUUUCUCCCUACUUUGGCACAGCCCGGACUCACUGCUCCUCCUAGAGACAAAGUCACCAUCUUCGGAGAUGGACAUGUCAAGGCUAUUUUUAACAAGGAAGACGACAUAGGAACCUACACAAUCAGAGCUGUGGAUGACCCAAGAACACUGAAUAAGGUACUCUACCUCAGGCCUGCCAAGAACAUUUACUCAUUCAACGAGCUUGUUGCCCUCUGGGAGAAAAAGAUUGGCAAAACUCUCGAGAAAAUCCAUCUUACAGAGGAGAAAAUCUUGAAGGACAUCCAAGAGGCACCAAUUCCAAUCAACGUGAUAUUGUCAAUCAACCACUCGGUGUUUGUGAAGGGUGAUCACACCAACUUCGAGAUUGAGGAAUCCUUUGGUGUGGAGGCUUCCCAGCUGUACCCGGAUGUGAAAUACACCACAGUGGAAGAAUACCUUCAGCAGUUUGCUUGAGAAAAUGAAACCCCAUGAAGCUCAUGUUUUUAUUAUUAUCAUAAAUAAUCAUAGUUGCUGUGAGUGACUUAAUGUGAGGAGUGUUUGUAUCUUUUCUUAAUGCAGUAUAUAUAUGCUUCAUGCUGUGCAACCUUUCACCUUAUACUCCUCGGCAUUUCUCUUGGUAUAUGCAUGUAUUCUAUUCCACCUCUAAUAUGUAUAUCUUCUUUAUUGUGAGAAAAUCUAUAAUAAAAAGUGUUAAAUUA